UUUUUUUUUGCAUUCCUUUAUAUAUAGAACAAAUGGAGAAUGAACUGAAAAGAGUUUUAAAAAAAAUAGGUGUAUUUGAAAAAGCAGAAGAAUUAAGUCUUGAUUCCUCACUUGAUGUUUUAUCAAAGUCAUCAAGUGAUUUACAAAGACAAUUACGUGUGAAUGAUGCUCAAGCUCAAGAUAUUCUAAAAGCAGCUUCUAAAGAUGCUUAUGAUUGGAGAAUGCGUGAAAAAACUGGACAUGAGCUUAUUCAACAUGAUUUUCAUUCAUUGACAACAGGCGAUGUUAUGAUCGAUAAAGUACUAAAUGGAGGUGUAUCUCCUGGAGAGAUUACUGAAAUUGUAGGAGAAAGUUCGUCUGGUAAAACUCAAUUAGCUUUACAAUUAUGUAUAACAGCACAGAAGCCAAUAUCAGAAGGGGGACUUGAUGGAUCUGCAGUUUAUAUUCAUAGUGAGGGUCCUUUUCCAUCUGCACGGCUUGAUCAGCUUGUUAGCUCAUAUCCAAGUGAUCGACAACAAACUCUUAAAAAUAAUAUAUAUACUAUUCGCAUUAAUGACAGUGAAGAACAAUAUAGACUUUUAUCUUAUCAACUACCGGCUUUUUUACUACAACAAAAAAAGGCAAAAAAACAAGUUCGAGUGGUGGUGAUUGAUUCGAUUAGUGCUAUUUAUCGUAGCGAGCUUACACCGGUAAACAGACGAUUUAAUAAAAUGAGUGAGAUUUGUGAAAUUGGAAGCCGUUUAAAAAAGAUGGCAAGUCAAUUUGAUGUUGCUAUUGUUGCUGUCAAUCAAGUAUCUGAUGUACUUACUAAAAAUAAUAAUCCAAGUACAGAUCAAUUAGAGCAUUGGAUGGACUUUCGAUUAAUAAACAGUAAUGAAAAUAAUCACAUGAUAGGGUUAUAUAUUCAAUCUUUAUUAAAGAGGCCUGUUUUGGGGUUAUCAUGGUCUAAUUCGGUUAAUACCAGAAUUAGAUUAGCAAGAUCGCCCAUGUUGGACGGUAUGAUUACUCGACGUGUCUUAUUUGUAGAAUUUUCGCCUAAAGCUCAAAGAUUAGGCUGUGAAGUCAUGAUUGACGACAGUGGUAUUCAUGCAAAAGACUGAUAAAUGUAUAUAUACAGAAAAUUCUCUAGCCUAUUUUUUUUUAUUAUUAUUUUUAUUAUUAUUAAUGUACAAAUAAAUUAUUCUUCAAUAUCGCUAUCACUAA